AUGUGUGGUAUCUUUACGGUUUAUAAGCAUGAGAAUGCUGAAGCAUUCAAGCCAAGAGCUCUACAAUUAUCCAAGAGAAUCAGACAUCGUGGUCCAGAUUGGUCUGGUAACGUCGUCAAGAACAGCACUAUCAUGGCUCAUGAAAGAUUAGCUAUUGUUGGUUUAGACUCCGGUGCUCAACCAAUCACUUCUCAAGAUGGUGACCAUAUUUUAUGUGUCAAUGGUGAAAUUUACAACCACAUUCAAAUCAGAGAGCAAUUCCCAGACUAUCAAUUCAAGACUUUAAGUGAUUGCGAACCAAUCAUCCCAUUAUACAUGAAAUAUGGUGCCGAAGCUCCAAAACAUUUGGAUGGUAUGUUUGCUUGGACUCUAUACGAUGCCAAGCAAGACCGUAUCAUUGCCGCUAGAGAUCCAAUUGGUAUUACCACUCUAUAUAUGGGUAGAUCUUCCAAGUCUCCAAAGACCGUCUACUUCGCUUCUGAAUUGAAAUGUUUAACUGAUGAUUGUGACAGCAUUGUUGCUUUCCCACCAGGUCAUGUUUACGAUUCUGUUACCGACCAGAUCACACGUUACUACACUCCGGAUUGGAUCGAUGAAAACAGAAUCGCCAACCAACCAUUAGAUUUAAUGAAGAUUAGACACAGUCUAGAAAAGGCUGUUAGAAAGAGAUUAAUGGCUGAAGUUCCAUACGGUGUUCUAUUAUCCGGUGGUUUGGAUUCUUCUUUAAUCGCUUCUAUCGCUGCAAGAGAAACUGAAAAGGCUAUGAAGACUGCCAGCUCAGAUUCUUUAAGCUCUUCUGUUAACCAAUUAACCGGUAUUGAUGACAACGGUAACCUACGCUCCUCCGGUUGGUCCCGUCUACAUUCCUUUGCCAUCGGUUUACCAGGUGCUCCAGAUUUAAUUGCCGCUAAAAAGGUUGCUAAAUUUAUUGGUUCUGUUCAUCACGAACAUACUUUCACUUUACAGGAAGGUUUAGAUGCUCUAGAUGAUGUCAUUUACCAUUUGGAAACUUAUGAUGUUACUACUAUCAGAGCUUCGACUCCAAUGUUUUUAUUAUCCAGAAAGAUCAAGGCCCAAGGUGUCAAGAUGGUCUUAUCCGGUGAAGGUUCUGAUGAAAUCUUCGGUGGCUACUUAUACUUUGCUCAAGCUCCAUCAGCUGCUGAAUUCCACACUGAAUCCGUCAAGCGUGUUAAGAACUUACAUUUAUCUGAUUGUUUAAGAGCCAACAAAUCUACUAUGGCAUGGGGCCUAGAAGCUCGUGUUCCAUUCUUAGACAGAGAAUUCUUAGAUUUAUGCAUGAACAUCGACCCAUCCGAAAAAAUGAUCAACCAAAAAGAAGGCCGUAUCGAAAAGUACAUCUUAAGAAAAGCCUUUGACACUACUGAUGAACCAAAUGAAAAGCCAUAUUUACCAGAUGAAAUUCUAUGGAGACAAAAAGAACAAUUCUCCGAUGGUGUUGGUUACUCUUGGAUUGAUGGUUUAAAGGAUACUGCUGAAAGAGUUAUUUCCGAUGAAUUAUUCGAAAACCCAAGAGAGCACUGGGGCUCCGACAUCCCAACUACCAAAGAAGCUUACUGGUACAGAUUAAAGUUUGAUGCUUUAUUCCCACAACCAACUGCCGCUUCUACUGUCAUGAGAUGGAUUCCAAAGGCCGACUGGGGUUGUGCUGAAGAUCCAUCUGGUAGAUACGCUAAAAUUCACGAGCAACACAUUGGUGCCAAAUAA